AUGCCGGGCAUGAUGCCACUCGCAAGCAUGCUCCCCAGCGAUAUACAUAGCACGUCAAAGUAUGUCUCAUCGGCGGGGGUGUCGAGUAUCGAAGAUAUCCUUAUUCUCGAACAGCCACUCCUGCGGCUCCCGGUCGACGAAUUGCGGACCCAGCUCAAGACGCAGCAGCGCCUCUCGGAGAAAGACUUUAUGUUCUGCAGCAACAUUGUCGAGUCCAAGCGAAAGAAUCCCGGCGAAAGCGAUGCCAGCCAAGUGUCAGCAACGAUAGAUUCCGUCCUCCAACGGCUGCAACAGCUCCGCGAUAAGAUGGUCGACCUCGGCACACAGGCGGGAACGCUGCUCGAAUAUACCCAGACCAGGACAGAAUACUUGAAGCUGCUGCAGUCGCUCGAGCCCGGGUCACAGGCCUUCCAUGACUGGUGCGCGAUUCGGCUGGAUCGCAUGGUUGUGGACUACAUGCUACGGCGUGGCGCAUUCAAAAGCGCCGAGCAGCUCGCCACACAGCAGCACAUUGCUUCCCUGGUCGACUUGCCCGUCUUUGAGCAGAUUCGGAAAAUCGAGCAGUCGCUCGUACCGGACGAAGACUCGGGCGUGCAGCCGUCGUGCAGCACGGCCCUGGCGUGGUGCUCGGAGAACAAGGUCACGCUGCGCAAAGCCAAGUCUUCGCUCGAGAUCGACCUGCGUCUCCAAGAAUUCAUUGAGCAAGUCCGUGAUCGCUCGCCUGCCUCUUUACAGAGUGCAGUACAGUAUGCACGCAAGUACCUCCUUCCCUGGAUGCACGCCGGGGACCCUGCGCAGGACCCCAGCGCCGUGUCAUGGACCAGCAAGUCUCCCAAAACCGGCCAUGCGCUGCACCUGAGCAAGGCAGAGAUGCCGCACUUGCAGCAGCAAGCGCAGCGCGCGAUGGGUCUGCUGGCGUCGGGGCCCGACUCGUGGUGUUACGCUGACCUCUAUGACCCUCUGCGCUGGAAAAUGCUGCGCGAUGCGUUCCGAACGAUCGCGUUGCGCGUCUACGACCUGCCUUCGACUCCACUGAUCCACAUCGCGCUGAGUGCGGGCCUUUCCAGUUUCAAGUCGCAUUCAUGCUAUCCAAAAAAGUUGCGAGAUCACACCGCUUCUGCGCAGGAUGACUAUGGUUCGCAAGCCUCUUCCCUCUUCUUGAGCGAAGCAGACGUGAGCAGCCCUUCGCUCACUGCGGUCGACGAUCGCAAUCCGGACUGCCCCAUUUGUCAUACAGCGGGCCUAGGUACACUGGCGCGCGAAGUGCCCUACAGUCAUCAUGGCAACUCGCGCCUGAUUUGCCGCAUUACUGGAAAAGUAAUGGACGACAAGAAUCCCCCCAUGUGUCUACCCAACGGCCGCGUCUACUCUGAAGAGGUGCGUACGACUGACUAA